AUGAGCCAAGCUGUAGCGGCUGCCGUGGCGUUGGAUGGAGUUGAGUGGCGAUACAUCCCCCCUCGAGCUCCAAACUUUGGGGGCAUCUGGGAGUCUAAUGUGAAGUCGAUGAAACGUUAUCUUUAUAGGGUCAUUAGCGACUCUAAGCUCACAUACGAGCAACUGACGACCGUGCUAGCUAGUAUAGAGGCCUGCCUAAAUUCUUGGCCGAUCAGCGCGCUUAGCUCGGAUCCUAACGAUGCCUCAGUACUGACACUUGGUCACUUUAUCAUCGGAAGGCCUCUGGUUGCUUCCCGGAAACCUUUCACGAAGACCGAUCAGGCAGGGCAACCCUGCUCCGGCUGGCAUUCGCUUCGGCUGAUGAGGAGUUACUUUUGGCAGCUGCAACAGCGGGCCAAAUGGCUUAAGUCAAACCGGCAGCUUCAGGUGGGAGACUUGGUCCUGUUCAAGGACAAACUGGCUCCUCCAACAAAGUGGCCACUGACCAGGAUGGUGCAACUUCAUCCUGGGAAGGAUGGGCUGACGAGGGUCGCCACCAUCCGCUCAUCGACGUCGGAGUUGGUGCGACCCGUCAACAGACUCAUUCUGCUGCCGGUACACGAACAAACACUCGUUAAGUUUUCUCAAUUUGAGUCCUCCAUGGCGGGCGGCGCCCAGUAG